AUGUCGCCACAAGGCUGGCUAGAUAUCCACGGACAUUUCUACCCACCGCAAGCACCAGGUGAGGCAGAAGCCCUAGCUGAAUCCUUCCGAGCAGCAUGCUUCAUGGUCUCGCGCCCCGUAACAUGGGAAGUCGAGUCCAUCCUCCAGUACAACGACCGGGCAAACGUGCAGAUGCAAAUGCUCUCAUACAUUCCACAGAGCAGUCCCGAGGCACUCAACGAAGCCAAUACCUACGCCUCGUCACUUGUGUCCAAAUAUCCCUCCCGCUUCGGGGUCCUGGCGGCGCUACCAACGAACAAUCCAGAGCUGUGUCUUAGCGAAAUCAAGCGAACAACAUCGACAUUCGAGAUCCCGGCAGAUGGAUUCGCUGUAAAAACCGUCUACAAGGGUGUCGGGUUGGGAGAUCCGAAUCUCGGACCUGUUUGGGAUGUGUUAAACUCUCGAAAGGCGGUGGUUCAUAUCCACCCCAAUGCCUACGCGGGGCCAACAAACGGCCGUCCGUCGCCAUUGAUAGAGGUGGCUUUUGAUACCACAAGAACCGUUGUCGACAUGCUCUACAAUGGUGUCUUCCGACGCUAUCCUGAUAUCAAAUUUGUUUUGGCGCACUGUGGUGGGGUUUUGCCUGUUCUGUCUGGCCGGUUGGCGUUGCUCGGGACAGAAGAAUGGGUGCCGAAUCCGAAUGAUAUCACAAGAAAGGAAAUUGAGGAGCAGCUUGGGCGUUUGUUCGUUGACACGGCUGCGACUGCGAAGACGGGGCUUCAGCCCGCUCUGAAGAUGGUAGGGCUUGAGAAUGUGGUGUAUGGGGCAGAUUGUGGCGUGCCAUGCUCUACUGAACAGACUAUGGAGGAAAAUAAGAAAGAUAUUCUGGACUUCGAGACGCAGAAUGAUAUUCCUAGGGGUACUAUUCUUGCUAACGGGUGGAAGCUGUUUCCUCAGGCGGCGGCAAGGAUACCAGAGAAUGAUGUCUAG